AUGCAGAUCAAACUUCUCUUCGGCUUGAGUGUACACUAUUGUGUGGCUGGACUCAUCACCAUCGUCUCGGCUAUCCCCCAUGUUGAUACUCACGUCUUCCCACCAGGCUAUGAAUGGCACAACCUUCCUGAGAGCCCUGCCCCUCGACAAGAACAAUCAACCGCCGCAGUGGGACGCAGAAUUUAUAUCAUUGGCGGUAUAACGAGCAACUUCUCAUACACACCCGCUACGAUCAACGAGCCAGCCGAGCUUCGACCAGUGAGCGAUGUUGCCUUCUACGACAUCGAACAGCAGACUUGGGCAUCAGCGGCCCCUCUGCCAGUCAGCAUCAAUCACGGUAAUGUGGCGAGCGUCGGGGGCAAGCUAUACCUUCUGGGAGGUCUAUCAGGCACAAACAUGAGCUCUUGGAACGGCCUUCCGAACUGCUACGUCUAUGAUCCUAACUUGGACACAUGGACUGAGAUCGCACCUCUGCCAGAGGGCACUUCGAGAGGGGGUGCAGCUGUUGGCGUUCAUGGUACCACUAUCUUCCUAGCAGGUGGGCUGUCGAAGCUCGAACUGACGGGAUCUCGAGAGCAAGCAACAGUCAACACUGUCAGCUCCUAUAACACCGAGACCGACACAUGGAGCACUUCACUUCCACCGCUUCCAGGUGCAAGAGACCAUGUUGCCGGAGCAGUCAUCGGUCACCAUUUCUAUGUGACAGGUGGCCGAGACCAUGGACAAUUCAAUGGGCGAAACAGUACCUGGGCAUUAGAUCUCACCUCACCAUCUUCGUGGGUUGAGAAAGCACCAUUACCUACCGCACGGGGCGGCCUGGCGAGCGUUGCAGUUGGGAGAUAUCUUUUCACGUUUGGAGGUGAGGGAAACCCGAACGAUGAAAAUGGUGUGUAUGGCAAUACGGAAGUUUAUGAUUCCAUACAAGACUACUGGCAGGUUGGGCCUCCAAUGAGUCUACCACGCCACGGGACGAACGCGGUGGCAGUUGGAACUGAUAUCUAUAUCCCUGGUGGUGGGAUCCUAAUCGCUGCUGGACCGGUAAAUGCAAACACAGUAUACCGGCCCAAAGCCCGGUGGUAG